AUGAAAAAGUAUAAGUAUCUCAUUGUCAGUCAAAAAAUAUUAUUUUCCAGAUAUUUUGUGGAACUUGCUUUCGAUAUAAUCGUCCGUAUCGCAAUGGGACAAAAGGAAUCAAAGCAAUUUAAAUCAGAAUACUGUCAAAUGGCUCGAGAUUCUGUUAUUCAAAUUAGCAAUAAUAUUUUUGAUUAUCUCGCCUUUAUAUUCCCCUGGCUUGGAGCAAAUAUACUCGAACCUUUUGUUAAAGCUACAGGAAAAUUGAGGGGAGAUCCCAUAUUAAUUUUGAUGGGAAAUAUUUACAAAGCUGUUAAACAAAGGAAGGAAGAGAAAAUGAAGAGGAAUGAAACGGGAGAAAAUGAAGAAAAUUUAAAAAAUAAAAAAUGGGUUGAUUUUAUUGACCUUUUUUUGGAAUCUGAAGCUGAAAAUAAUGAAGUUGAAUUGAAAAUGAGUAAUGGAACUUAUAACAAAAAAGAAAAGUUUGAGCGUUGUAAUACUUUAGACGAAAUUGUACUUAAUUGUUCUCUCUUCCUUUUGGCUGGAUUUGAUACAUCUGCAAAUUCGCUAAGUUUAAUAGCCCACAAUUUGGUUAUUUACCCUGAAGUUCAAAAACGUUUAUUUGAAGAAAUUGAGGAAAUUUGUGGAUUAGAAGAAGGGGAAAUAAUUAAUUAUGAACAAUUGACUAAAUUAAAAUAUGCUGAUGCUGUGUUUAAAGAAACACAAAGAUUGUGUCCAAUCGCGACUGAUGUUGUCAAUAGAAGAUGUGAGGAGACAACAACUCUUGGAAAUAUAACAAUCGAGAAGGGAACAUUUGUUUCUGCCGAUUUAUUCACUUUACAUCGGGAUAAAAAAAUUUGGGGAGAAGAUGCUGAAGAAUUUAAACCGGAAAGGUGGUUAUUAAAUGAGAAUAUAAAUACAUCCACAGAAUAUUAUUAUCCAUUUGGGGGAGGGCCUAGAAUUUGUAUUGGAAUGCGUCUGGCAUUAAUGGAGAUUAAAAUGGUUUUAGUUCAUUUAUUACGCUCUUUUGAAUUGGAAAAAUGUUCUGAGACAGUGUCAAAACCUAAUUUGGCUGGACAAGCUGUAUUAAAUUCAGGAAAGAUUUGUGUGAAACUAAAUUUGAGGAAAUAAAUAAAAUGUAAAUUAUGACAUUAAAACACAAAACAAUAAUAAUUCUCCUAUUCAAAAUAUUUUUUAAUU